GUUGCUCUUGCCUCGUCGUUUAUUGGAUUCAUUCAACUACCUCUGUUUCCUCUUCGUUGUUGGUCCAGCAGGCUCAGCUCUCUCUCUCUCUCUCAUAUGAUAAUGCUUGCAGCUCAGCUAUGUCUACGUACAGUUUCGGGUUUCAGAGCCUUCUCGGAUCAAGCGUAUUUGACCCCUUGCGUGAAGGACUCGUUCACAGCUUCUUCUUCAUCAUUUCGGUUGUCCUUUCGAUUCGGGUGGAAGGCGACGCCGUUUCGAGGAGGCCCUAGGUUGGUCCUCAUCUCCUGCAAGUCCUCUUAUCCUGGAAGCUUCUUCGGUGCCCGAUCUGGUAAUGGCGAUGAUUACGAAUAUCUAGAAGCCUCCAUCCUCCUUCCAGAAAGCAUUUCACACUAUCGCAUGCAGAAGCAUGGAUUGGGGGAGCAGUUUAAACGGCCGCCUUAUCGUAAAUUGUCUUUUUCUAUUGUCCAAGCAAAGGAACCGAGAGUCAGUGCAAUAGAAGAAGAUUUUCUUCGACGAUUUCAGAGUCCCACAAUCUUUCUUAAAAUUUCUUGUGAUGGAGAUUUUUUGCUUCCAAUUAGUGUAGGGGAAUUUGCUAUUCAAAAACUUAUAGAUAAUUUAGAGGAGAAUGCUAAUGGGGAGUGUCCAGAUCAAUUCGAGCUUGUGCAUGACGUAUCAGAAAGACUUGGAUGUGAUGUGAAAGAGGUGAGAAUCACUGAGCGAGUGGUAAAUACUUACUUUGCAAGGAUAUAUUUUGGCAAGUCGGAGGGAAAUGAAAUUCUAAGCGUUGAUGCACGACCUUCAGAUGCCAUGAUUGUGGCAAACCGAUGCAAGGCACCAAUAUAUGUAAGUAAACAGAUUGUGUUCACUGAUGCUAUAAGACUCGUCCAUGGGGUUAGCAGAGUGCGUGAUAGAAAGCCUACUUAUGAUGUAUCUCUUGACAGUGCCAUUGAUGGUCCUGAUUCGGUAGCUGAAGAACUCAGUCUUCUUAUGAAUAUGAAUUUAGCUGCCAAAGAGGAAAGAUACAAGGAUGCAGAUGGGUUUAUUGACAAUAUCCGUGGUACUUUAAAUCUCUGGUGCUCCCAUUCUUGUUACAAUCUCCUUGAGGCCAUUUGUUUCUCCUCCCCUUUCCAUGUUGAGGGACAAACUAAUGAAGCUUCGCUACAAUACAUGAAUAAUAACCAAGUUUAAGACUUGUUUGCCUAGAGAAGAAGAUCAUCCACAGUGUUUGCAUUCUGGCUGCCUUUUCAGUCUGUCUGUUCAUCUCAUCUUUUUGGCAGAUGAAUAUUUGUCAGAGAACAGAUAUCGCCAUAUGGGCGCCCUUUGGCAUAGCUUUCCAUUGGGCAUAUCCGAGUUAGAGGAACAACAUGAGGAAUCUGUGCUUGAAGGAAUUGGAAUUUGUGGUAUGUACAUGUUUUUUUUUUUUUUUCACUCAAUCUUAAAUUAGAUUUACAUCAUAUAGACCAGCUCUCUGCCUCGCUCUAUCUGGCAUACAUCAUAUGUAAAGAAGGUAUGAAUGUUAAGAACGAAUGAAUUAUGUUCCUGUUCAUUCUGAUGUAAAGCACUUUGUUCUUUGUAAGAAUUUGGUUGAAGUAAGAAAACUUGUGUAUGUAACGGUCAAAUUUGUGAAAAGAAAGUUGCCCCCUUGCUGCUUUUUCCUGA